AUGACAGCGCUAGCGGGUACCAUACCCACGAUGAUGCGCCCCACGCCACCUCAAAAUUAUCCGCGGGGCAGCUUCCCACUGGAAGUCUCUACCCCACUAGGUCAAGGCAGAGUAAACCAGCUCGGUGGAGUUUUCAUAAACGGCCGACCUCUGCCCAAUCACAUCCGCCACAAGAUCGUGGAGAUGGCUCACCACGGUGUCCGGCCGUGCGUCAUCUCCCGGCAGCUUCGUGUUUCCCACGGCUGCGUGUCGAAAAUUCUGUGCAGGUACCAAGAGACCGGUUCUAUUCGGCCCGGUGCCAUAGGGGGAGGAAAGCCCAAGCAGCUGGCAACACCGGAUGUCGAUAAGAAGAUCGAGGAAUACAAGCGGGACAGCCCGGGAAUAUUUAGCUGGGAAAUUCGGGACAAAUUGCUGAAAGACGGGAUCUGUGACCGGACCACUGUUCCUUCAGUGAGCUCCAUCAGCCGAGUUAUGCGAUGCAAAUUUGGAGGCAGUGGAGAGGACGACGAAGAGAUAGAAGACAUCGAGAAGAGGGAGUUGGAACAGAAUGGAAGAAGGGCAAAACACAGUAUCGACGGUAUCCUCGGCGACAGAUCCUGCCACUCUGACGAGGGCUCGGAGGUGGACUCGGAGCCGGACCUGCCCCUGAAGAGGAAGCAGCGGCGGAGCCGCACCACCUUCACCGCCGAGCAGCUGGACGAGCUGGAGAAGGCCUUCGAGAGGACGCACUACCCCGACAUCUACACCCGCGAGGAGCUGGCCCAGCGCGCCAAGCUCACAGAGGCCCGCGUGCAGGUGUGGUUCAGCAACAGAAGAGCUCGCUGGAGGAAGCAGGCAGGAGCCAGCCACCUGAUGGCCUUCAACCACCUGAUCCCGGGAGGGUUCCCCCCGUCCGCCAUGUCCAGCCUGCAGCCCUAUCAGCUCUCAGACAGCCCCUAUCCCCCCACAUCCCUGGCACAAGGGUCAGAGCAGCACAGUACUCUGCACAGGCCCCAGCCCCUGCCUCCCACCUCCAUGCACCAGGGCGGUCUGACAGCCGCGGGGGCCGGAGGGCAGGAGGGCAGCUCGGCCUACUGCCUGGGCUCCGGCCGGCACGGAUUCUCCGGAUACCCCGACAACUUUGUGUCCCCGUCUGGCCACUCCAACGCCAUGACACCCACCAUCAGCAACGGGCUGUCUCCACAGGUGAUAGGUCUGCUGAACCCGGGCGGGGUCCCUCACCAGCCGCAGAGCGACUACGCCCUGUCGCCCCUUCCCGGAGGCCUGGAGCCCGGCAGCGGGGUGACCUCCUCCUGCUCCCGCUCCCAGCGACUGGAGGGCCUGUCCGGGCUGCCCAACAUGCCUGCCCUGCCCAGCUCCCAGUCCUACUGCCCUCCCACCUACAGCUCCUCUGGCUACGGAGUGGACCAUGUCCCCUCAUACCAGUACAGCCAGUACGGGCAAAGCAAGGUGUCUUUCAUUAUUUGAAGCCCGAUAUUGCCUGACCGAGAAAUUCUCUCAAACUCUCAGCCAAGAAGACUCCCUCAAUGCGUUUUUUUGGGGCGUGGCCUGGGCCUGGGACGAUGGGGGCGGAGGGGAGGAGUCUCUCUGAUCCGGUGUGGGACGGGCUCAUUUGGAUAAUCAGUGGGCGAAACGGCGGACGAUCUAGUUACCCGUCGUCCAGUCUUCUCACUUUACCUCACCGUUUGAAAACCGCGGCAGUCUGCGCCUGUGAUCCGGGGAAAGAAAAGAGGGAGGCGAGGUGGAGGGGAAAGAGAAAACAGUAAAAGUCAGGCGCUGCCUGGCGCGUAUAGGGACUGAC